CCUUACGUCCGUAAUUAUUCUCAAUCUCACUGAAUUACCGUCAUCAUCAAAAUGUUUGUUAAAAUUAUUCUCGCACUUGUAACUAUUACGUGUAUUGUUACAUCAGAAAAUAUUGGUGACCCAUGCGAAUCAGAAUUUGACUGUCCAUCCAACUCUAUUUGUGGAGAAAAUAACCAGUGUCAAUGUGUCGAGACCACUUUCCCCUCCCCAGACUUGACUCGAUGUCUCCUUUACGCCACCAAAGUGGGAGAUCCAUGCCAAAUUAGACAACAAUGCGUCACCAUAUCAAACAAUCCUGCCGCCUUUCAGUGUGACGAUGAGACUGCGAGUUGUGCUUGUUCGUCUGGUUUUAUUGCUUCCACAACAUUUGAAAGGUGUCUUCCCACGCGGCAAAAUUUAACUGAGGAAUGCACCGAUGAUAAGCAAUGCCUUACCGGUAAUUCAUUUUGUGUCCGGGAAAGCCACAGUGAAACCGCAACCUGUAAAUGUGGCAAAGAUUUUGUGGAAAUUUUUUCUCGAGACAGUAGUAAAUUGGAGUGUUUUCAGAUCCAACGGGAAAUCAGCGGCCCGUGUGAUUACGACGAGCAAUGCCAAGCCCAAUUUGGCCCGGUUUCCCUCUGUGUGCCCGAAGUAACCCCGCCUUUUGUUGGGAGAUGUAAAUGUUCCAGCUUUAACGGUGCUAUCCACGUCCCAUCGGACAACCGCUGUUACGAACGUGUCCCCCUUGGAAGAAACUGUACCUCCAACUACGAAUGUCUCUUCGGAAUCAAUCAACACGCCUUUUGUAACCCUACCUCGGGGAAAUGCGAGUGUCACACUGGCGCCCUUCCAAGUCCGUACACUGACCAGUGGUGUUACGCUAACAGAACGAUUGGAUCCGACUGCACUGAGGUAUUCAGGGAUUGUUCCAUGUUCAUUGAAGGAACCGUGGGGUGUGAUAAAACCACUAAUAAAUGUGCCUGUCAGCAAGAACAAGUCCCCACCCCGGAUGGCAGAAGAUGCUUAAGAAAACCGGAAAAGUUAAGUGAUGCAUGCGUCUAUAGUGCAGAAUUUGAUUAUUGCACCCAACUUGUGGAAAAUUCACAUUGUUAUAUAGCCACGAGAGAUAGUAUGGUAGGAGUUUGCGAGUGCAGACAAGGUUUCUUCAAGAAUGCUUCCGCAGAUCGGAAUUCGUACGAUUGUGCCCCAAACCCAAAAAAGAUUGGGGACUUUUGUAGCAAUUCCGGUAUGUGUCUUAUCAUCAGUAGCUUGGCGUAUUGUAAAGAAUAUGGAGCAGGUCUGGGCAGAUAUAAAGCUUGUGGAUGUAUGGACAUAUCGUACGUUGACGAGGAUGGGACAAGGUGUAUAUUGAAAUCGGAGGAGUGUCAGUUUCCAAAUCUUACCACGACUACCACAAGGCGAUCAAGUAGUUCAAGCAAAGUUGAUAGUUUGAGAGAUUGGUUUAUGUUACUAAUUAUCGCAAGUUUUGUAUACGAAUGGAAAUAAAUGGGUCAAAAUCUUGCAGUUGUAUUUAUUUAAAUAUAUAAAUUUUUUCUGGUGCUAUAUAAUCAACCAAAUGUUUCUUUCAUGUGCUUCACAACAAAUUUAAAUUUAAUCGGAACUAUAAAUCUAAAUUAUUUAUUAUUUAUUAUUUAAUAAAUUGUAUUGCAAUUUGUAAUGUGAUUAAAAGAAUGAAAUAAAAUUCCACCUACCCUAAGAAAGUUCAA